CACCUGGUGGGGGCCAAGCACACCUGGGACCGGCUGAAGGUGGUGCUGAGCCAGCCCUACUGCCAGAGCCGCCCCUUCGGUCUCUCCUUCAUCCGGGUUUUCGCGGCCCCCGAGGAAAACGAGACCCCACCUGAGACACCUGUUCGGCGCUUGGGCCCCUUCGUGCUGCGGGGGGAGGGGGCAGGGAGCCCCCCCCGCCGCCCCCCCGGGGCCCUGUUCUACCAGCGCCCCUCCCCCAGCACAGACCCUCCAAAGGACCCCCCCGGCCCCAGUUACGCUGUUGCUGCCCUCCAGGCCAGCGCAGGCUCCGCCCCCAAGGGGGGACCCUCCAGUUCUUCCAAAAUCUCCCUCCAGGCCAGCGCAGGCUCCGCCCCCAAGGCUGGUGCAGGCUCUGCCCCCAAGGCUGGAACAGGCUCCUCCCCCAAG